AACCCACCAAAACAGAACAAACAAACAAAGGAGGCAAAAACCAAACCUUUUUCUUCCCGAAAAAUCGAAACAUCCACCAUCGACAACAGUGACUAAGUCGAGGCGACGUACAAUGGGAGCUUCUUCACCGUUUCUUCUUCUUCUUCUGAUGACCAUGACGGCCGUUUUCGCCCUGCUUCCUUCCCCGUCCGUCUCCUUCAGCCUGAAGUCGGCCAAAUCCUUCCUUCGUCGCAGCAGCGAUUCUCCAUUUCGCGACGACUUCUUGUUUGGAACUGCAGCCUCAUCGUAUCAGUUUGAAGGAGCUUAUUUGAGCGAUGGGAAAGGGAUCAGCAAUUGGGACGUUCACAGCCAUACCCCAGGCAAGAUCGUCGAUGGAAGCAAUGGAGAUGUUGCCGUCGACUCUUAUCACCUCUAUCAGGUGACUAAAUUGAUACGGCCAAAGUUUGCCCUCCUUUACGAUUUGUUUUCCACAAAGUAUGUAAUUGGCUGAGAAUAGUUUCUUUGGUAUGUUAUGUUGACAGGAGGACAUUAAGCUAAUGAAAUCCCUUGGAGUCAAUAGCUACCGGUUCUCCAUUUCAUGGGCACGGAUCCUACCUAUGAAUCAUGCAGAAGGGAGAUUCGGAGAGAUAAAUCAAGCUGGAAUCGCAUACUACAACGAGCUCAUCGAUGCUCUCGUGCUUAAAGGAGUCGAACCAUUUGUGACGCUCUGUCAUUUUGAUAUGCCCCAGGAACUCGAGGAGCGAUAUGGGAGCUGGCUGAGCCCAGAAAUCCAGGAGGAUUUCGGAUACUACGCUGACGUAUGCUUCAAGUACUUUGGCGACAGAGUGAAGUAUUGGUCAACUUUCAACGAACCAAACUUCCAAGUCUCCUUCGGUUACCGUGACGGCACUUUCCCGCCAUCCCGCUGCUCGGGGCAAUUCGGUAAUUGCACGGCCGGAGACUCCGAAACGGAGCCGUUUAUAGCCGCCCACAACAUCAUCCUUUCUCACGCCGCUGCCGUCGACGUUUACCGCACCAAAUACCAAAAGGCACAGAAGGGCAUGAUCGGGAUUGUACUCCACUGUGCCUGGUUCGAACCGUUCAGCGACUCGGAAGCCGACAAGUUGGCCACGGACCGGGCCAACGCCUUCUACGCGAAUUGGUUCUUCGACCCGAUCGUGUUUGGUCGGUACCCGGAGGAGAUGGCCCAGAUUCUCGGUUCGACCCUGCCCGAGUUCUCGAGCAAGGAUAUGGCGAAGUUGAAGCAAGGGCUGGAUUUCUUGGGGAUCAACCAUUACACGAGCUACUACGUCAAGGAUUGCAUGUACUCUGCUUGUGAGCCCGGGCUCGGAACUACAAGGAGUGAAGGUUUCUUCCAGCAAAUCCAGGAGAGGAAUGGAUUCCCAAUGGGGAAACGAGGUGAUUUGGGUUGGCAAUACGUCUACCCACAAGGAAUGGAGAAAAUGGUGACAUACUUCAAAGACAGAUACAACAAUGUACCCAUGAUUAUCACCGAAAACGGGUAUGGUGAGAUGAACAGCCCAAUGCUCACUACUGGAGACUUUCUCAACGACGUGAGAAGAGUAGAGUAUAUGUCCGGGUAUUUGGAAUCGCUCAUGGCUGCGAUCAGGAAAGGUGCGGACGUGAGAGGGUACUACGCGUGGUCGUUGCUCGACAACUUCGAGUGGACCAACGGAUACACCCAGAGGUUCGGGAUCUGCCACGUGGACUACGUCACUCUGAAGAGAACCCCGAAGCUAUCUGCGAAAUGGUUCAAAGGAUUCAUCGACAAGUAUGGCAAUGCACCCAAAGCCCUAAUGUGAGCAAACGGGGAUCAACCAAUAUCACACAAAAAGAAAUAUGUUCAUUUUUUAUUUAGUUAUAGGUUCGCUUAGAAGUUCGUCACUGUUCGUUAUCACUAGACCAACCUUGUAAUUAUCAGUAGAGGAAGAUGGGAAAAGAUGUAAUGUGUUCAUUGUAAAAUAGGAUAAUGAUAUGAAAUUGAUUGAUUGGUUCAUUGUUGAAAUCAAGCAAGCACGAUGACUGCG